UCUGAAAUGUUUAAGCAAUUCUGAUACGAAUAACUUGAAUUAUUAAAGGGUUGCGUGUGGGUAGUUACUUCUGGGCACCCUGUAGUAUUUGUAAGUAAUGUUAUUGAUGUUAUUUGCUGUUUAUUCAUUUUCUGUUAAUUCUAUUUAUGAUCAUUAUUGUGAGGAUGAGGCUUUUUGUAUGAAUAAGCUGUACUGAAUUGAUUGCUGUCAUGAUAUUACAAUGUGUUACUAUAAUAUAAUUGAUAAUUUAUGACCAUAGAAAGGUUGUCCCACAGGAUGCAUCAGAUUCUUUAAACCAUAUUUUUAAAUCAUUUAUAUUCAAUCCAAAUUCCCAAAAGGCAAUACAGGAUACAUUUACAAAUUUUGAGAAAUUGUCAUAAUUAGGAGUAUGUUGUCAAUUAUAUUUAACAGUUUCAAUCAUUCAGGCUAUGAAUUGCUUCAACAAGCUGGACCUGGCUUGGUCUCAAGGGUAUGACGGACAAAGGUUGAAGUUCAUUGACAAGAAAACUGUCAUAUCAGUGUGUGGCUGUAUGAUGAAGUUUAUUGAUACUACCACUGGUAAGGAGAAAAGCCACCGCAGUGGAAUCAAUCCAUAUGGUGCAUUCACUGUAAAUCCAGCUUCUGAUCUUAUUGCAUACGCUGAGAAGAAGCUCAACCCUUCUAUCCAAAUUAUAACUUUUCCUGAAUUUGAACCCUCUGGUGUGCUGAAGGAUGGCUGUAUGAUGGAAUAUGUUGAUAUUGCUUUCGCUCCCACUGGAACGUACAUUCUUACUUGUUCUAGUCUACCGGAUUUUAAACUGAGCUUGUGGGAUUACAGCUCAGGCACUAUGUUAACCACUGUCAAUGUCAAAUCUCAUCCUGGUAAUUCCAUAUCCUUCAAUCCUCUUAACUGGAAACAAAUAAGUGUUACUGGCGACCAAAGCUUUCACAUAGGGAGUAUUGAAACUUCAAACGAAAAGUAUGGCAUCAAGUUGUCGACAAUUGAUUUGCCAGACCCUACAGCAGUUCUUGGACCUGUGGCAGAGCAGAAAGACAUAUACCUAAAAAAGUUUGUCCCAUCACCAAUACUGACCGCAGAGAGUGUAAAGAUUGCAUCAACUCUUAGUCCUCUGCACAAUAAAUACAAAGACAAGCUGAAGAAAGUAGCACCCGUUUCCCAUUGCUGGGCGGUAGGUAAUUGUGUUUAUGUGGGCUGUACUGACGGUCAAUUACUGCAUUAUGAUACAACAUCCUCAACAAUGUCCGUUCUUACCAAUCCACUGGCCAACAGCAAGGGCUCAUCAAACACUGAUUUGAAAAUAAAGGAAGAGGACGAAGACGAUAAGCUUGACUCUGCUCAAAAGAUCCUAGGUAAAGGUGAUCUAGAAACUAUUGAGUACUACCAAGACGGUUUAUUUGUUUGUGGUGCCAAUGGAAAGUUGAGGCUGCUUAGUCUAGAUAUUGUAUCACCCGAUGUUCUUGAUUGUUGGGAUACAAAAUCUGUCAUUUCUUCCCUGGCAUGGUCUACUGCUUAUGACAAAAUUCUAUUGGGAAGUCCUAAUGGGAUUGUAUUCUCUCUGUUUCCCUCAAACAAAAAUGCUGACUUGAACACGCUGUUUAAUGUCAAGUGUGGUCCAAUGGUUGGGGUUGACUUCGUAUCCCCAACCAACAGUCAAAUAAUCUCUUGUCGGAAGAAUGGAAUUGUUCAAGUUUGGUCUGCUGAAACUGCAGCUCAAUUAAGCAGUCUGCAGCUGGGAUCAGAGGUUGCAAGCCUGGCAUGCUGCCAAUCAUCCCGAUCUGCAUUCAUUGGAUUAAGCAGUGGGCAACUUGUUGUCCUGGAUCUAAACACUCCCGAGUCUCCCAGGAUCAUAUUUGAGGACAAGAUUCACCGUGGUUCAAUUCAACAUAUUACUUUUGACAUGAGUGGAAAACUUCUGUUUACUGGCUCCAACGAUGGACAUGUUAUCAUUCUAGAUACAAGAGCCUCAAACAAGUUCAAAUGCUUGGGACACAUUGAUAUCAAAGGAGAAGUUACUGGAAUUGCAUCACUGCAUCAAUUGAAGGUUGAGAAAGAAUGGUGUUACCUUGCUAUUUCUUCGGUCAAUGACAAAGGUUCAUUUAUAACACAUGCUAAGAUACCAGUAGAUUUGCACCUCCAGCCAAAGGAAGCAUUUGAUGAUGAUACAUUCCACAUGGAUCCUAACUUCAUCGUUCGUACUGAUGCCCAACUUGAUUUCGUAGCUUCUAGUGUUGCAAUGGUUAGCCCUCGUAACAUGGUCACUGUAGAUGCAGCCAAGAAAAAGGUCGUUGUUUUUAACUUGACUAAUGAUGGAAAGAUAGCCGUGACUGAAAAGGUCAAUGGUCAUCUCCUUAAAGGUGGUUCAGUCGUCAUUUCACCGCAUGGAAAAUGGAUCGGAUCAUUUUCAGCUGAUGGGCAAAUCAUCUUCAGGAGUGUCGAGGACGCACAAAAUAGUGUCUCUAUUCCUUGCCAUUCUCACUUUCUUGGCGGGACAUCAUUCCUAAAGUUUGCCAACGAUGGUCAACAAGUUUUGAGUUGUGGAAAAGAUGGUGUCAUCGCCCUUUGGAAAUGGAAUUAUGAUAGCCUUGUAACCGAAGAAAAAGCUAUUGUUUUAGGAGCAGUUGAUGCCUCUCGAGGACGAUAUGCAUCUCUAUUAGGUUUGAGAAAGGAGCAAGAUGCUGUCCUUCAAAAUAUGACUGCAUUGUCUGCCCUCAAGAGUCAGGACAAGACUUGGCUUGAGAAAGUUCAGGCUGGAGUCCAGGAACUCAAGGAUAAAACGUUUGAGCCACAGAUUGACGAGCUAAAGAAGAGUAUAAGUGAUUUAAGAGCUACUGUUCUUGGAAUGAUUGAAACCAACGGAAAUGUGGAUGAUAUUGAGCAGUUGAAGAGGCACGAAUUUACUUUAGAUGUCGAUGAGAGACAGCGACUCUUGAAUGAGGGAGAUGAUGAAAUAGAAAGCAUCAAAGAAAGUGUCGAGCUUGAAAACCUAGCGAUGCUCUUUUUGAAAGAACUCAUCAAGAAAGAAUGCUGGGAUGGGAUGGAGGUAGUUGGCCGCUCACUGGUCCUUUUCUCUGGUGAUCUCGAGGUAAGCAACUUUUCUAUAAAAAAACGAACGGAAGCUGAACGAGCGGAAGUAGAGCGAGUCCUGGGAGUAUAUGCUCAUGAGAAGCUGGAAGAAGAGGAAGUUGAAUUUGCUCCAAAACCAAAAGAUGACGAGGGUGAGCACGAAGAAGAGCAGGAAGUGUCUGCUUCUUUGUAUGGCAGUCACGCUAAAAAUUUUUAUGCUAAAUCAAUCCAGCAUUCUCAAUUCAACCUCCAUUCUAACCAGAGGAAGAGAGAUCAAAUAGAGCUAAUCAAACACACGAUUGUACAUCUAAAAAACACGUUCAACAAAGAAUUUGAUGAUGUUUACAUGAGUAAGAAACAGGAAAUUACUAGAGUGGCUGAACGGGUUGAUCGAAUCAAACAGAUUCUGAUAGACCUGAAAUCCGAAGACGAUGUUGUGAUCCCAGCAUUCAAGAAAAUAGAAAUACCCGAAUCUUUCCUUGUUGUUGAAGAUAGUGAGAUUAAGUUUGAGAAGUAUCUGACGCCUGAACAGCAGGCAGCUCAGGUAGAAAAGGAGCGACUUGAAGCAGAGAAGAAACGCCUCGAAGAAGCAGAUAAUGCACGAGAACGUGCUCUUAAUACCAUGAUGCACGGCAAGCUUGAAAUCCGUCCAGAAGAUGAGUUACAAAAAGAUCUGGAGAAACCCGACUUUAUGCUGGCAAAGACAGAAGCUCAGUGGUCAGAAGAGGAGCAUAAGGUUGCCAAAGAAUUUGAGAAAAAGGAAAAGCAUCUCAUGGAAGAAAGAGAAAAAUACCGAAAGGCUCUAGAGGCUGAACUUAAAAAGCUUCAGACAGCCAAUGCGGAAGGAAUGAAUUCCUUCGACGAGAAACUGAACAGACUCUUCAAGCUGAAGAUAGAGUAUCAGAAAACCCUCAACCAAGAAGAACUGAAGAUUGUGAGACUUUCCCGCUCUAUCUAUCAGCAAGAUUACUUAGAAGACUGUGACAGUGAACUGAGCAAACCACUUGAAGAGUUCAAACAACUCAAACUGAGGACUCAGGAGGAAGUGGCUGAGAUUAAACGGAGCAUUGAUAAACUCCGAGAUGAGCAUGAAAUCGUCCUUCAGGAAGACAGAGCAAUUGAAAAGCAAUUCAAGAAGGACUUUGUUGACUUGGAUGCUUUCACUCUGGAAAUGCUAGUCAAGUUAUACAAGAGAAGACCUAAAGUGGUUAAACAGAAGCCUCAGAAUAACGAGACUACAUCAAGAUCAUCAAAUCCAUUCUAUGUUAAAGUGGAAGACCCUGAUAAACUGUUCCUUGAAGCAAUGUCAGAGUUGGACUCUGAUAUCCACAAACCUGAGAUAUUGGAAAUCGACAUAUGGGAGAGGUUUAUUGAUGCCCGUCACAUUAAAGUUGAAAGUGAAUUGAAGGUCAAACAUCACAAUCAGAAGAUUCAAGAUCUGAAUGGCUUCCUUCAACGUAAGUUAGAAGAAGACGAAGUUGUGAAAACCAAGAUUGAGAAAACCUUCCAGCACCUCAACGAGCUGAGGGACAGGAAACUCAAGUUUUUGAUGAACCUCGAAAUCCAACUUUUACUUAAACAAGGUCAGGUGGAGGUUGAUCCUGGAGUAUUUUCGACCAAGUUUGAUAAUGCACUUCUCAUUCACCGAUCUGUUAUCGAGGAUCUCAACUCCCAAAUCGUUACACUUGGGGAAGGAAAAGUUUCCGCCAUGAUAGACUGCAAGGAUUAUUACAAGAACAUUCAUCUUUUAGAGUGGGAACAUGAGAAAAUGCAAAUGGAAGCGGAAGAUCUAAACUCCAAAACAAGGGACGUCCAAACCUUGAGGGUCACUAAGGAGCUUCAAGUAUUCUUGUUUGAAGAAAACAAUGCACAAAGGAUGCAAAAGGAGAUACAAACAUUAGAGAAAACUAUCAAGCUCAAUGAGAACAUGCACCAACGAAAAUCACUCGACAAAAAGAGGAUUUUAGAUCGUUUGAACAGGCUCAUUAAAGAAAAAGAACUUGAGUGUGCUAUUCUGGACGCCGAAUUGAAGGAGCUUGCAGUCUCUCUGGUCGAAAGACAGCAGAUAUCAGAGGCCUGUGUCGACGACUUGGUUCCAGCCGCAGAUCAAAGAAUGAAAGACAUCGUGGCUCGAAGGAAACUUGUGGAUCUGGCAAAGAGCCAGAGCCAGGAAGUGGCUGUGCUUAGAGCAGAGGUGGAGAGACUCAGGAUGAAAACUUUCCCUGCAUUAGUUCAGCACAACUGAGAUUUUAAUGGACUGUCAUUGGACGGAAUGAUCAAAGAUGUAUUAAAUUUAAAGUGCAAAUACUGUUAAAUUCGUAGUUCAAGUUUUGGUUUUUAGAUGCCAUCACGAUUUCUUACUAAGAUUUUUCUGGUACAAAAGUAAUAAGUGUAUCCUAUUUUGCCAUCAUGGUUAUAUUCUAGUUAUUACUUUUGUACAGUGCAUAGAUUCUAUGAUAAGUAAUAUUAUAUACAUAAUAUUUAUACUUGUGUACAUACAUAUUUAACAGAAUUUUGUCUUCAA